ACAGGAGAGUGGGGUAUUUCUUGUUGGUUUUCCUCUUUUCUUGGUCAUAUGACGUCUUGAUCUUGUGACUGAAAUUUUGUGUAUUUGUUGCUGCUGAAAAUUUGUGGUCCAAUCGCGCAAAAGAAGGCAAAGAUGAGAUACACACUCGGUUACAUCUUCUCGACGUCGUUCGUGUCGGUAGCGACUGUAUUGAUACUUUACCAUGUCCUUACGGGCAAGGGCGAGCGAGUCAGCGUUGGGUGGUUCCUGGAGGAAACGUCCCCGUACAUGUGGGCAACCCUUGGGAUUGGGUUCGCCGUGGCUCUAUCCGUCGUUGGUGCGGCCAUGGGUAUCCACACAACCGGUGUGAGCAUUGUCGGUGGUGGUGUAAAGGCUCCGCGCAUCAAAACGAAGAACUUGAUCUCGGUUAUUUUCUGCGAGGCGGUCGCCAUCUACGGUCUGAUCACAGCCAUCGUAUUGUCCGGUAUGCUGGACAGCUUCAAGUGGUCCGUGGUGGCGGGCAAUGAGAACAUUCGCAACAACAACUGGAUGUCCGGUUAUGUAAUGUUCGGUGCUGGAAUGGCUGUCGGAUUGGUGAAUCUGUUCUGCGGUAUUGCCGUCGGUAUCGUCGGAUCAGGUGCAGCCCUGGCCGAUGCUGCCAACUCGGCCCUGUUCGUGAAGAUCCUGAUCGUCGAAAUCUUCGGUUCUGCCAUCGGUCUGUUCGGUCUGAUCGUCGGUAUUUACAUGACCUCAAAGGUGAAGAUGGGUGACAAGGAGUAAGCAGCGAAAAAUGGGGAAGGCAAACAUACACCAUAUGUCAACCGGAAAGCACCAUUGCCAUCCAUUUCCCCAAAAGAAAACAAACAUAUGAAGUCCUACCGAAAUGAAUUCCAAAAGUAUUCUACAAUUCAGCUGCCUAAUAUCGGCCACAGCAAAAAGCGAGGACUUAUCAUGGAUAAUCAUGGUGUUUAAGAUUAUUGUUAUUUAAUUUGCUAGAACCAGUCCUCACGAGGACAGCACUGUUUGUUUGGCCAUUCCAAGUAUGUAAAGUAUGCGCACCGUUUUAAGAUCAGAGCCUCCCUGCCCAUGCUGCUGCAUCCCACGGACGGACCUUUCCGAAAAUUCCAUCAACUCCGUCACAUUCUUCCAUCGACGUACCGUCAUUGCAUGCUGGAGGAAGUUUGAAACCAGGGAGUGGGAAGGAGAAGCACUCAACAUCCGUAAUGUUGUAUAUCCUGUCGCUGUGUAUAUUGAUAAACGUCCGUUGCGAUGGUAUACUUUAUUUUGUUUCGUUAUGUACUACUUUUUUUCCUACUCUUCUGUCUGAUAGGAUUCAUUGUGUAUAGACAAAAAGAAAAUGUACUUGAUAUAUGUAACAUUACUCACCAUUAUUCCUCCCUCCCCUAGCUUAAUUGUGAGACUCGAUCAAAGAAUGUGCGAUGUAUCGAACGCAAUGAGUAUAUAAUAAACUUUUCUCCCAAACCAA